GAGGACGAGCCUGUUCCAGGUCAGCUCAAAAUAUCCAGCUUUCUUAAAAGAUUUUGUUGCUUGUGAGGUACUUUUACUGGAGGUGGCGUAACAAAUCAUUGGUAAAAAAGCAACACUGUGAGCCUGAAGCAUCAGAAAGGAUUACAGCCUGUAUUCGAGUACGUGAGCACCAUCUGUUUACUACGUCUGCUUUGCUUUCUCUUACUUCAUUCUGCACUAGUUGUCUGCACACAUAAAGACUCUACUCCAAGCGGAAAUACAUUUCUCAAUUGUUGGGAGAAAAACAAAUUAGGAGGCUUGGAUAAUAAAUAAAUCAGUUGUGCUUUUAAAAAGAAUACGUGUAGGUUUAAAUACGCUGUCCUGAUCGCGUGGAAGCUAAUAUGAGGGAAGAAGACGUAGAAGUAGCCAUAAAAGUUGUGGUAGUUGGAAAUGGAGCCGUCGGAAAAAGCAGCAUGAUCCAGAGAUACUGUAAAGGAAUAUUCACCAAAGAUUACAAGAAGACGAUAGGAGUAGACUUUUUAGAGCGGCAAAUAAGGUUAGUUUUAGGAUCUCUCAGUGCUAGAGCUGUUUAUAAUGAACUCAGUUAAGCAAGGAGUAUUGAUCAAGAUACACUCAAUCAGAAGACAAGACCACUUGGUGAUUUGGCGAUAAAUAUCAUUCGUUUUGCAAUUCUUCCCUGCAUAUGUAAGCAAUGUUUACGGUCAAAAACUAUCGCAGUCUGUGCGUACGUAGGACUCUGUAUUCUAAACAUUUUUUUAAUCGAUUUGGUUGUGGAUCUUUUGCAGUAUACGAAGCGAAGACGUUCGACUGAUGCUGUGGGAUACGGCAGGGCAGGAAGAAUUCGACGCCAUAACCAAAGCCUACUAUCGCGGUAACGUUAAUUUGUCGUACAUAAAUUUGAUAUAUUUUUAAAUAGUUAAGGAAAAAUACACAAAGCGAUGCCCAGAAUAUGUUUCCAAAGUAAUACCUCUAUGCUAAAGGAACUUUCAGAGGUUUUCUCCAAAAAUUGAAUCGUUUGAGAAAGCGCACAAAUAUAAAUAAGCUUAAUCUCAGAUUAGAUUUGCGAUCUAAUGUAGGACUAGCCUGAUCGAAGUGAAGUACAAAAUAGACUUUAAAAAAAAGUAAUAAGAAUUUAAUUAUCCUGGGACUCGUGGUAAAAUAUUAAAAGUUAUUUUAUCCUAAACAUGUUUAAUGUGUCAACGAUAUCACAAUUAAUAACAUUUUAUAGACGUCGUUCCUCGAAGGAAAUUAAUAGUUUUGUUUACGUGGUUAACUUUAUAUUAUUAUUUUGUGCGUUUGUUAACAACUGGGAUGAAAGAUACGAAAAACGUUUUUCGAAAUUCACAUUUUUUCUGAGAUUGUUUUGAAUAACUAUUUGCGAUGUUUGGUAAACUCCUUUUUCCCGCAGUAAAAUACUUUCGAGGCGUGGAUUCCACCUUUUUGCUGUGGACUAGUGUGAUCACAAAGAAAAUUAAUUAGACGAAGGGGUCGGCUGUUACAAAGAGAUUUCUUUGUGAAUGACUGUUUUUACAUAUAUUGUUUUCUUUGUUUUAUGAAACAUCUUGAAGAGCGCUUGAAACAAGAACACAAAAGGAUUUUCAAGCAUACUAUAAAAGUCUUUUCACUUCACUGCUCCUUGUGAAUUUUUUAGAAGAUCCAAGCCAUGUUGAUGACAGGGCCUAUAAUUUAGGGUUUUAUCGGUUUGAAGCUGCAUUUUUUGUGUUCAUGCUGAUGGGCAUGUAUUGAAAUAUAAAUUCUUUCUGACUUCCCAGUGUUUGGACACAGGUCUAGACUAACCUGAUGUCCUUUAGUAUGUUGACGUGCAAAGUAAUGGUUAUUAGGUUUGAGGCACACUGAUUGGCUUGAGGAUGAUAUUAUACAAUGUGCAAUGCCAAGGACUUCCUGUGCCAAAAAUAUACUAAUCCCCAACUAGUGCAGUUGAUAAAAAACCAAUAUCAUAUCAGAAAACCAAUGCUGAUAAAUCAAUAAUUGUCAAUGGGGGCAGUGUAAAAUGCAGACUGUGGACUGACUGUGGACUAUCAUUUUUAGGGUUAGAAAACAAUAUUGGACUGUUGUUGUCAUGUACUUAUUUGCAUGGUGAAAACAAUAGUCCGCAGUCUGCAUUUUACACUGACCAAUUGCUGAAAAUCACCUUUUUAUUGAUAUCAAUAUUGUACCGGUCAGUCAACAGAAAUUGAUAGCAACAACUUUUUUGAUUGUCAGCACUAUCGAUUAUAUGGAUUUUAAUGAUAUUAUUAAUUUCAUGAUCCUUCAUUGCCUUCAAGGUUCAAAACCCAAUGAUGCAUUUAAAACUGAACCUUGUUUGAAAAACUUGCGAACAGCUAACGAUUGGUUUCAUAUGUUUUGAUCUUGCUACUUCUCUUUCCAUUGUUGUUGUUGUUAUUAUUAUUAUUAUUAUUAUUAUUAUUAUUAUUAUUAUUAUGUAGUUGCAGAGUUGAUUAUCUACUGUCUUUUGCAUAUAUACAGGAUGACUUUAAUGAUGGAUGCAAUAUGAUUUUUGAAGAAGCAAGGGUCUUACUGACAAACUGUAUACUGACCUAUGUCCACACCACUUGAAAUAUACAUUGUAGGGUUCAACUUGAACAGUUUCCAAUGCAUCCAAGCUGAAUCAGUUGAACUAGUUUACUCAUUUAACACUAUCCUGUUGAUUGGCCAAAAAAUGUUUCGUUAGAAUAUUGAGUGUAAUUUGUAAAAUAAAUUUUGCUACAAAUUUGUCCUUCCAAAGCCACAUAGAUAAUGUACUUGUUUUCCAGAAACAACGUUUUAUGCCAGUGUUAACUGCUAAAACACAUGGAAAUUCAAGCGCCGAAUAAAAUUGAUAACUUCAAUAAAAAUCAAUCAAAAUCAAUAAUAUUAUCAAUUAGCAAUAACUUUGUCAUCUAUCGGUUUUUAUCCGUUUUUAAUUUAAUCAAUUGAUUUCAUCAACAGUUAUCGAUUGUUAUCGAUUGUUGACUUUAUCGAUUGCACUACCCAGGAUUAAUUGCAAUUCCACCAAAAUAAAGUGACAAAUUGCCUGUGAUGCAAAGAAUUAUUUGCACCAGACAAACCUGAUGUUUACAUGUGCAAGUUUUGCAAUACUCCAGUGGAAAAAACUCUGUACUUUAGAGCCCUGCGUAGUGGCUACAAAGCUGUAAAUAAAUCAUGUUAUGUUCUACAGUAAGAAACAGUUUUUUUUUUUCAUUGAUAUUUCAUAUAACAACCAUUCAGUUGUGAAUUUGACUACAAGGGUCUUCUCUACAUUUAUGACCAUUAAAUUUUAGUAAACAAUGUCUGAAAGAGCCCCUUUAGAAAAGCGCUGUAAAAAAGGACAAGGAUUAGUAGAAAUUAGUUGCGAGCAGGGCCUUUUUAAAGAUGCCUCCCACAGGUUUCACUCCCUCCUUCCCCAAAAGCAUAAAACCCAGUUCUGUUAAAGAAAUUGGUGCAGAUUUUAUAUCCCAAUAAUGAAAAAUGAAAUAUUUGAUUUUGUCUUGGGAAAUAUAAAAUAUUUUUUAUUUCAUGAAUAUUAAUUUUUUUAGCUUUUUUUUACAUUUCUGUUGUAAAUAUUGUGCAAUUCAGCCCUUGAGCGUCAAGGUGAUUUUCAACCUACCUACUUUUUUUCUGUUUAUAGGUGCUCAGGCCUGUGCAAUAGUUUUUUCCACUGUUGACAGAGACUCCUUUGAAGCUGUAGAAAAGUGGAGAACAAAAGUAAAGCUUGUUUAUUGAAUUAUUUGUGUAUUUUGCAUUCAACAGUGCACUGCAGUUACCUGCUGCACACCCAUGAUCAGGGCAAUACAAACGUUCUGUCCAGUAGCUGUAAAAUUGGUUUGUUAGGCCUGCACAACUUUACCAGGGACAUAAAAUUUAAGUUUUUCAAGUACCGUUAUGAUUCAAUUUAGCGCCCUCCUUCGAAUGUGUUUUUGUUAAUAAGCGCCGCUAUUCCAUUAAGCGCCCCUAUUUUACCAUAGUUAAAAAAAAAGAGUACGGGUACGUAUCAACUGGAGUUCAUCUUCCUUCACAAACGAAUGGUAAUGCCUCAUUACAAAACAAGGAUCUUUUUUAUGGGAUCAAUGAAUCAGACGUCGAAGAUAGCACACCAAAAAGCUUUUAUUUACAGUAUUGAUGUAAGUGACAUUGUCAAAGCUUCCAGCGUAGAAAUAGAUUAAAAUCCCCUCGCGUUAACUGAACAUUCACCGUGUAUUUGUUACUGUUACAGUUUCUGUUAUUGUUCCAUUUUUAAUAAAAAAGAAAUAAGUGCCCUGUCUCAAAUAAGCGCCCUCCCUUGAGGUACCAAAAGUAAAUAAGCACCGUGGGCGCUAAAUCGAAUCAUUAUGGUAUUUGCAAAGUCAAAAAUUCUGCACUAUCCAACAAAUAUAUAUUGAUCCCUAGUCUGGGCUGGGAGUGUUAAAAGAUUAUACAAAAGAAGUUUGGAAGAAAAUUAAACUAAUAAAUUAAUUUUAACAUGUAUACAUAACUAUUUAGUAAAAUAAUAAUUAUUUAAUACAGGGUUAUUUUUAAAAUUUUAUCUCUCUCCGAUACAACAGAAUAUGAAAUGGAUUUCUACCUUUCUGAUGGGUUAUAUAUAAUACAUGCAUUAGAUAAUCUUUUCCACAUCAAGGCAAAGUUGCACAUGAACAGUGGCAAUGCAUUUUUGUUUCAAUCUAAUUUUCCCUCUUUAGGUGGAAGAAGAAUGUGGUAGUAUACCUAUGGUGUUAGUACAAAACAAAAUUGAUUUGAUUGACCAAGCUGUUGUUCAAGUGUAAGUAUUUAUUUAUCAACAUAGCUGUUUAUUAGGGAUUGAUUGUAUUUAAAUCGCUAACAAAGUCGGACUGGAAUCCAUGUUAUCCUGUGUAGCUUGCUGGAUUGUUCUACACUGGGUUACUUUCUUGGCGGUGGAGCCACCAUGCAAAGAGAGAAAAUCACACACUGCCAUUUUUCUCAUGAGUUUUGAAUUCCACCCACUUUUGUCACCUUGGUUGGAGCUAUUUGAUUAGCCUGCCAGAAAGCUAAGAGCAGUGUAAAACGAAACUGUCCAUCAAACGCGCUAGGCCAAGCAUUGCAAAGCAUAGAAGUCAAGAGAAUAAUCACACUCACGGACAAAACAACUACAUGUAGCGGUUAUUCUGGAUCCAAGAUCUUAAGAGAAAACUAUAGAAACUAAAACCUUUAUUAAAAUAAAGGUCAUUUAGUCACAAUAAAAAGCUUAAGGCUUCAAAAGAGGUCAAAGAAAAACCAUUCAAAUUCUGUCAAGAGUGAAAAACCACUGGAAAUCCAAGCACAGGAAACAAAUCAGCCUCAUGACCUCUUGAUCGGCUAAACUAACAUUUACUUAGUCAAAAUGAAGAAUCCUCCACAGCAUACUCUACCCAAUUUUUCUAAGGAGCCAGUUGUCAGUGAUCAAGAGCUCUUUGAGGGUGAGCUGAGAUGGAUCAGGGAGUCUGCAUGACAAAGGGCAAUAUUGUCUGAUGGGCUUGUUAUAGAGCCAAUUUCUGGUCUUUAAACAGUACAAGUCUUAGCACUUUCUGAAUUAAGGAUAACAGAAAGCCUGUCUUAAAUUUGAGACCUAUUUCAGUCUCAAAAAUGCCUUUUGAGGAGUUCAUUGAACCGCAAAUCAAAGCAAAGCCUGUUAGCUUGCUCAAUUUAAUUUCAUUUCAUAACUUUCCCUUGGAAGAGACUAGAGAUUUCCAUUAACAUUUGAUUGACAUGUUAUCACCUCUCAGCCAAUCAGAAACUCCUGUCUACCUGUUUGUCAGACUAUUCAAAAUACCCAAGAUUUAGGGCAGGCAGGGUUUUAAUUUUACUUGCCCCCAAUCUUCACUAAGCUUGGCUGCCAAAAAAUCGCAGCACUCACCUACUAAUCCCGCCAGCUACACAGCUUUGCCACUCUCACUUUGCAUGCCUCUGCUUAUUCCAACUUUCUGCUUAUUUUUCAGAGAUGAAGCGGAGUCUUUAGCCAAAAAAUUGAGGUUAAAGUUUUAUCGUACAUCAGUAAAGGAAGAUCUUAAUGUAAAUGAUGGUAUGUAAUGGGUAAUGGAUGUACUAAAUUAGUUUAUGAUGUAUUGCAUCUGAUCCCAUUAUUAGAGUAAAGAAUUGUGAUGUCAAAAAUAUAAGAAUUGAAAUUAUGGGUUUUGUUGUGACUGUCUGAGAGUAGUACUUAUUGCAGGUCAUAAAUAGUUUCCUUGGACCACACUGUAUAAGAGUAUUUCCAGAUUACAUUUAGUAAUUAUCAUUUGACAUGUAGGUAGUGAAGUUUAAACAACAUGUGAAUGUAUUGAAGAUAGAAACAAUAAUAGAAAAGGCAAAAGUUUUGAAAUUAUUAUUGAUUUUUUUAUGCCAUGAGAACCAAAAAAAUGUGUUCUCUCUUAAUUAAUGGGUCUGUGUUACGUGUAUUUCAGUAUUCAUGUACCUGUCUGAGAGAUAUUUAGAAGCAUUACAAAAUGUUGAUGUAGAAGAACCAAAAUCACAGCAACAAAAAAAUGGUAAGUGUUUACUUUGCUUGCUAGGCCAUCAGUCAUCAACUUGAGGCAACUACAUGUAAAAGUUAAAUUUAAAAAUUUCCAGAUCUCAGUCAUGUAAAUUUAUUAGCCUCUGGUAGUGUAGGCAUUUUUGUUUGCCUGGGUUUAAAAUUCUAACUUGUUCAGGUAAUGCAUUUUGUUUUUGUUUGAGCAAGUUAUAAGCUAGAGGAAUUAAUGUUAUUAUAUUUAAGGGAAUCCGUCACGCUAAACGACCAGCUUGUAAGGUAAUGAUAAUUAAUUUUUGUAAACCCAUUCGCCCCUGAGCACCCCCGUGCAGACUUUGUCCUCUAACUUGUGUAGAGUGAAGAGAUCUUUCAAACCAUACCAUAAUGAGCAGAAUUCAGGCAAGGACACCAGAGAAAAAGGUCGAAAAACCAUGUAGCAUUGACCUGAAAAUUUCCAUGAAAAUCUUGUUCCACUACCCACCUACCUAUCCUUUCCUUUCAUCUAAUCCUAAGAUCCUAAAAGCUUCCCUAAAAACUUUUCCCACCAAAAUGACGCCUACUAAAUGCCCAGCAAGAGAAAAAAAAAAUGAGGCAAGAAAAGCGAAAAAAGAGGGAAAGAGAGAAAGCGAAAAAUAAAACUGCUGUGUCACUUUUAAACCCAAAAACUCUCUCGAAAUUUUGCUUUCUGCGCAUGCCCGAACUUCACAAGCUAAUAUUUUGCAUCUGGAUCAGAAGACCAUGAAGUGUUUGACCUGGAAACGGCUUUGUGGUAAGUUUUAGCUCUUUAUAGCACGACGGUGACCAGAAAACCACCUGACUAGCUUCAAAACGUGUUUUUCGGCAAAAUCUUCAGGGGUGAAUGGGUUCAUUACAGUGUACACUGCUUUUUAGCCAUCCAUGGUAAAGUUCUGUGGAAGUGUGUUGUGUAGUUGCAUUACUUUUUAAAUUGAUUGACCUCUGGUCCCUUUAGAACCUAUCCCAUCCUCCCUCCUCGCCUCACCUUUUUUUCCCUUUCUAUCCCCUUGCUAUCAUUGUUUUUUCUU